CUGCAAACGCUAAAGGAGAGAUCGAUCGCUCUCCCUGGCUGGCCGCCCGUGCCUUAUUGAAAGUCCCCCACGCCUGACUGUACACGCGAGCUUUUCUCUCAAAAGAAGAUAUUAUUAGGCUUUUAACAGGAGCUUCUUCCCUCAUCCAAACCAUAUCGGAUGACCAUGGCGCCUCAACAACAGGUGACCAAUGAAGAAUUUUUAGAACAACUAACGAGAUUAUUCGAAUCUUCAAGUAAAGCACAUUCGGUCUUUGUUUCGCAUAAAAAGAUUUCAAAAGAUGCUUCUUUAGCUGAACCAACAAUCGUUGUCAGAGCAACGGAUGGAAGAGGAGGAAGUUCAGCUUCUUCAAAUCGGACAAAGUUUACAACACAUAUUCAAGCAUCCAAGCUGAACGCUUUUCAAGAUCAAUAUUCGGCCAUCUUACGUGCUUCAACUGCUGCAUUUUUACGUAAACGUGAUAAAGCAAAAGAAAGAAGGGUGGACAAAUUAUUGAAAGAAAAAAGAAAACGAAUGGAAGAAGUUUUACAUUCACUUCCAGUCACAUCAACAACAACAACAGCCAACAACGCAAAAUCAAAACAAGUUGAAACAAAUGGUGAUGGAAAGGCAACAAACGCCGCAGGAACUGCUGGAGGCGUGAAGAAAACAACGCCAAACGUACUCAAAGUUACAAGUAUUGGCGCAAAACGAGGAGCAGGAAGAAGGAAACGACAACAAGCCCAACAUAAAGCCAAACAAUUACGACGUGAACAGAAAAGGAUUGCUGCUACAACAACAGCAGCACAGGCUUCAACGCAAAAAGUCGGAUAGGCUUUCAACAUGCGGCGUCAGGACAGGCGGUGUUAAAAUGGCGAAAUUUUGAAGGCAAACUCGUUUUUGAAGGAUUGCAACUAUCCGGAUAUUGUACAUACAAGAUGUGGGGUGUCAAGAUCAUCUUGCGUAGUAGUAUUGUUUUUUGGUGGGCUUAGUGUACUGCACAGCAAAGAAAAAGCAAUGAGAUGUGAUGGGGAUAAAUGAAUCCAAGCAUCGCC